AUGAAGGAAGCCGUUGUCGAAAAGACUGUCACCGUCACUCUUCGCGAUGUGGAAAUUCCUACGCCGCAGCCCGGCCAGGUCCUCAUCCGGGUCGAGGUGUCCGGCACCAACCCUAAGGACUGGAAGGUGCCUAAGCUGUUUUCGGGCCCCACACUGAACCAGGGCGAUGACAUUGCGGGUUAUGUUGAGGCUGUGGGUGACGGCGUGCUCACUUUCCGGAAGGGAGAUAAGGUGGCUGCGUUUCACGAAAUGAUGUCCCUGCACGGUAGCUACGGCGAAUAUGCCAUCUCCUGGGAUUACUCAACGUUUCAUCUUACAGAUAAGACGAUUUUUGAGGAGGCCGCCACCAUUCCUCUGGCUGCCAUGACCGCCGCACUGGGGCUAUAUCAACGCCUCAGUCUGCCUCUGCCGUGGAACCCGACCGACACCCCGUCUCCGCUGGUCAUUUACGGAGGAGCCACAGCAGUCGGCGCAUUUGCAAUCAAAUUUGCCAAACUCUCAAACCUGCACCCGCUCAUCGUGGUAGCAGGCAAGGGAAUUCCGUUCGUGGAGACCUUGAUUGACAAGGAAAAGGGGGACACAGUCAUCGACUACCGCGAAGGCGAGGAAGCCGUGCGGGCAAAGAUCCGCGCCGCAUCUAAUGGACGCCCAAUCCACCACGCAUACGAUGCCGUCUCGGAGAAGGGCAGUCUCCAGAAUAUCAGUGCCGCAUUGACGGUGCCCGCAGCUAUCACCACCGUCCUGCCACCCAAGGAAACGGACUCGUUUCCAGAGGGAAUUGAAGUCCGUCGCACGUAUGUCGGAAGUGUUCACAAGCCGCCGACGGCAUGGAAGAGCAUCGAGGAUAAAGAGUUCGCGGCAGCUUUCUUCCAGUUUAUUGGGCGGGGUCUAGCUCAGGGCUGGUUCUCGGGGCAUCCAUAUGAAGUGCGGGCGAAUGGACUGAAUGGACUUGAAGGGGCAUUGAAGGAUCUCGAGGCCGGGAAGGCAUCAGCGGUGAAAUAUCUCGUGAGAAUUGGAGAGACGGAGGGCGUGCAGCGUUAG